AAGAGUUUUACCCAUCGAGUAAUCUAGAAUACGCGUAUAGACAUAUUAUCGAUAUUGGUAUCGAUUAUCGAAACAAACAUCGAUGCUAUCGAUCAACAUGCGAAUCUUCAAAAUGGUGCUGCUACUUGCCGCGUUCUGUUCUAAUAGAGUCAUUCAGUGUUUACCGAUUGCGAACGAGACAUCGAUCAUGGAAUCAUCGAGUCCGACGACAUUGCCUCCCUACCACAAUUCUACCGUCGAUUAUUACGAUCAACGACAGAAUGGAACUGAGAAUUACCGUAUCCACGUGGAUGGCGUGAUAUUCGUGAUCGCUCCAAUCGAGACGCUCCUCCUAGCCGGUGCUGCUGGCGAUAAACCUAACUUACCGAUAACUGAUUCUUCGAAACCGCCACCGAAUAAACCGGAAGUCGAUUCUAAACCAACACUGAUGGCACCCAAGUCAGCACACAGAGCCAGUUUACGCUUGGCGAACUUGCUUGUCCCGUUGCUGCGUCGAAUUCGUCACGAGUGAAGAAUUGAAACAUA